UUGUUAGUGCAUUUUUAGUCCACGCACGGCGCAGACGUGGCGCGGCACAGUUUAAAAAUAAACAUUUACGGCGCUCUAAAUUACCACAGAUAAAAUAUUCGAACGAUGGAACAAUAAAAUGGUGUCAAAGUCACGUGUAUUCAUUUAAAGUGUCGCUUUUGGUAACGUUUAAAAUGUCGCAAAAUUCAUUAGAAAGAACUGAAAAUGAGGAAAAAACGUUUCUCAAUAGAAACAGAGAUACACACGAUGACGAGGAGUGUUCGGGGAAUAAUAACGAAUUGGCUUUUGAAGAUGCUUUUGAAUUGACAGGUCAAGGAAAAUUCAAUUACGUGGUGCUGCUGACUUGCGGCCUCAUCAUGCUGAACGUCUCCAUGGAGUCUGUUGGCAUGAGCUACGUGAUCACAGCAGCUGAGUGUGAGCUUGAGCUGACCAGCGAGCAUAAGGGACUCAUCACGGCUGCAGCUUUUAUUGGGAUAAUAAGCACGUCUUUUCUCUGGGGUUACCUGGGUGAUCGUUUUGGAAGACGAGCGGUGAUGCUGCCGUCCAUGCUGGCCUCAGCUGUGUUAUCAAUAACGUCUUCAUUCUCCAUUAACGUCUGGAUGCUGUUAAUCUUGAGGAUACUGACUGGUUGCCUUGUAUCAGCUUCAAGUGCGACAGUUUACGCUUAUCUUGGAGAGUUGCACAUAAAGAGUAGGAGAGCAUCAGCCAUCGCCUGGGCAUCUGCCUUCAUCUCCUUCUCAUUCAUUAUACUUCCAGCUCUCGCAUGGAUUAUAAUACCAGGAAAAUGGUCAUGGUCCCUGUUUGGUUUUCCCAUCGUGCCCUGGCGAGUGUUCAUCUGGUCAUGGUGUGUUCCUGGUAUCAUAGCUGCUUGUAUUCUGGCCUGGCUACCAGAAAGCGCCAGGUAUCUUCUGUCAGCCAAGGGACCAGAUAAAGCCCUGCCUGUCCUCGCGAGGAUGUAUGCUUGUAAUAAGGGAAUGGGUGUCGAUAACUAUCCAGUUGAGCGAAUUAUAACAAGCAGUACGGAAGCGAAACAGAGCAGCGGUUUUGUUGGCGCGGUCAAAAACCUUACGCUUAUGUUUCAAGCGCCACUACUGCGCUGUGUUCUUAUAUCAAACACAUCGAUGUUUGCUGUUUUCAUGUUGUCCAGUGGGUUAUACAUGUGGGUCCCGGAUAUUCUGAACAGCGUAAUGAGUGACACAAGUGCGGAGGAUAUUACCAUAUGUCAGAUCAUCCACAACAAGUUCCAAGCAGCCAUGAAUGAAACGUUGGAAGAAGAGACUGGUCCGUGUCACAGCGAGGUGUCGGUGAAGGUGUUCCCUAUAUCGAUGGGGAUGGGUGUGGUAUUUGCAGUUACAUACAUGGCGAUAGGACUGUUAAUCUCAAGGAUUGGCAGGAAGACUCUGUACUGUUCAAUAAUGUUCGUCUGCGGCCUGGCGACAAUAAGUGCCGCUUUCGUGCCGCAGGCUGCCGGGGCGACAGCGCUGCUAAUCCUCGCCCUGUGUUCUGGGUGUGCUGCUUCCAUACUAGCUGCCAUUGCGGUCGACGUCUUCCCAACUUGCCUGAGAGCAAUGGCUAUGUGUGUGAUGUACAUGGUGGGCCGAACUGGUGCCGCCGUUGGCUCCAACAUCCUCGGGGCCACGCUCGAUAGACAUUGCCAACUUGCAUUCACAACCUUUGGAGUUUUUAUAUCAGGUUCUGUGAUAUUGAUGGUGUUUUGGCCAAAACCAGAGAAAGUUCGAGACGAAAUGGAGCAAAGAGGCCUAUCGUACUAAAAAUGGCUACUUACCUAUUAUAGACUGAAUUAAUAUUUUAUUAGCGACUCUAUUAGUUAUAAGCAACAGUAUAUUAAAUAAAUUGUGUAUAUCA